UCAAUAGACACAGAGGAGAAAGAGGAGGAGAAGGAGAAGGAGAAGAGUUGAUAUUAUUUCUCUUUUCUCUUCUCUUCUCUUCUCUUUUCUAAUGAAUUCUCACUGCUCAAGUAUCAAAAACAAGUAAGUUAGUUAGGUGUGAAAAAAAUGGGGGCCAUUGGAGAAGAUGAGCUUGCAAAAUGGGAGAAGAUGGCCGGAGUUGGAGACGAAGAGAGAAUUCUGGUUUCGGUGAGAGUUAGACCUCUUAACUCGAUAGAAAUCUCUCGAAACGAUCCUGUCGAUUGGGAAUGUAUCAAUAACACAUCCAUUAUUCAUCGAAAUGGCAUUUCCGAUCGAACUUUGCCACCGUCUACCUAUUCUUUUGAUAGAGUGUUUGGACAAGAAUGCACAACUAGGCAAGUGUAUGAAGAUGCCGCAAAAGGUGUUGUUCUUUCGGUUAUUAAUGGUAUCAAUUCAAGUAUAUUUGCAUAUGGGCAAACAAGCAGUGGAAAAACAUAUACAAUGACCGGAAUAACAGAGUACAGUGUUUCAGAUAUAUAUGACUACAUUGAGAAGCAUGAAGAACGGGAAUUCGUCAUGAAAUUUUCGGCUAUUGAGAUUUAUAAUGAAGCUGUAAGAGAUUUGCUAAGCAGUGAUCCUAGUCCAUUGAGAUUGCUCGAUGAUCCAGAGAGAGGAACAAUUGUCGAUAAACUUACUGAAGAAACAUUACGAGACCGGGAACAUCUCAAGGAAUUGCUUUCGGUUUGUGAAGCUCAAAGACAAAUUGGAGAGACAUCAUUGAAUGAAAUGAGCUCAAGAUCUCAUCAAAUACUCAGACUCACAAUUGAAAGUACUGCAAGGCAAUUUUUCGGCGGAGAGAACUUCAGUAGUCUUGCAGCGAGUGUGAAUUUUGUCGAUCUUGCGGGAAGUGAGCGUGCAUCUCAGGCUUUAUCUGCUGGCACUAGACUUAAAGAAGGUUGCCAUAUAAACAGAAGCUUGUUGACACUUGGAACUGUAAUUCGGAAACUAAGUAAGGGACGAAACGGGCACAUACCAUAUCGAGAUUCAAAGCUAACACGCAUAUUGCAAUCAUCAUUAGGCGGUAAUGGUCGAACCGCCAUCAUUUGCACUAUGAGUCCGGCGCGAAGCCACAUCGAGCAAUCCCGAAACACAUUACUAUUUGCUACUUGUGCAAAGGAGGUUGCAACAAGUGCACAAGUCAAUGUAGUUAUGUCUGAUAAAGCAUUGGUUCGGCAUUUGCAGAAAGAGCUUGCAAGAUUAGAAAGUGAGCUUCGUUCUCCGAAUUCAGCUCCCAAAUCUUCACAUCAUUCCGAAGCGAUUAAAGAAAGAGAUGCUAGGAUCACAAAGAUGGAGAAGGAGAUAAAACAGUUGAUUGAGCAGCGAGAUCUUGCUCAGUCUCGACUCGAUGAAAUGCUUCUAGCAACAAGAGAUUGGGAUCAAGUUAGCCAACACUCGACAUCAAAUGCACAAAACACAUACGAUGAUGUGAUUUCGAUCUCUGAAAAUUCAGGUAUGGGACAUCAAAGCCAAGAUUUCAGUGUCAUUAGUUUUGAGUCAUCAUUUGGGAGCCAAAACUGCAAAGAGAUUCAGUUAGAGCAAUCAAAAACACAAGAAGAAGAAGAAGAAGUGCAUUCAGUAUCUUCAAAGUACAAUGCUGAACUUGUUCAUGAUGAUCAUCAAAAAACAAAGAAGAAAUCUCGAGACGAAUACGGAGAUUUUGACGAGCUUUGUAAGGAAGUUCAGUGCAUUGAAAUGGAAGACAACAAGAGAAUCAAUCUCUUGUUAACAGAUGAAACUGAAUUCUUAGUGCCUCUGAGAAGUGUUGAUUUUACUGAAAUUGAGCAACAACAAGAAGUUCAAGUUCAAGUUCGAGAUCAAGGUCAGUAUUUGAUUGAAAAAGUUAAUGAAUCAUCACCAUUUGAAGAGUUGAAGAAUCUGAAAACAAAUGAAGAAGAAGUACCUCCAGUGAAAUCAACAACUAUGGUACUAAGUAGAAGUAUGAGUUGCAGAGCAAAAUUGAUGAAUAAUAGCUGCUCAAAUUCUCCAACAUUUAUCGACAAAAUAGAACCAAGUCCAUAUGUGAAAGAAAGAAGACAGAGUGCAUUAGAAUUCAAUAUUGAGCUUGAAAAUUUUCAAGAACCCAAGAGCAAAUAUAAUGAAAUUCCAAAGACUGUUUCUGAAGAAGAUUUAACAAGCAUCUCCGGAUUCGUUGAUAGUCUCAAAGCAAUGGCUCAAAUUCAUUGUCAGGAAAAAGAAAGAACGAUUAGCGAAGACAUUGGAAUGAAGAAAACGGUGAGAGAUGUUUGCUUACAAGCGGUGAUUAGUCCUUGUGAAUCGCCUUCUCGAUGGCCGAUUGAAUUUGAAAAGAAACAACAAGAGAUAAUAGAACUUUGGCAUGCUUGCCAUGUUUCAUUGAUUCACAGGACUUACUUCUUCUUACUAUUUAAAGGCGAUCCAGCAGAUUCGAUCUACUUGGAAGUUGAACAAAGAAGGCUUUCAUUUCUGAAGAACACAAUCAACUACAACAACAACACAUCAACUGACAAUAAGCAGCAGAUCACACUUGCAUCAAGCCUGAAAAAUAUUCGUCGGGAAAGGGAGAUGCUAAGUCGGCAAAUGCAGAAAAGAAUGACAACUAUGGAAAGAGAAGAAUUGUACUCAAAAUGGGGAAUUUCGCUGGAAUCAAAAAGGAGGAGACUGCAGUUAGCCAAAAAAUUAUGGUCUGAAACUAAUAACAUUGAACAUGUUAAAGAGAGUGCGGCAAUUGUCGCGAAACUUAUCGGUCUUUUAGAGCCGGAACAUGCACUGAAAGAGAUGUUCGGUCUUAGUUUCGCGCCGCAGUUAACUCACCGGAGAUCUUUCAGCUGGAAGAAUGGAAAAUGAAUUCAUUCAAAUCAAUAACAAGUCAUUGAAUUAAUUGAGACUUUGUAUUCUUUUCAUCUGAUUCUUAAUUUCUUUCUCAGUUGUAUGUAUGUAUAAUGUAUGUAUAGAGUUCAUGUUUGAAACUUCGAAGAGAUUAACUACAACGUGUCAACAUGAUGAUGUAUAACAUUUGUAAUCUUUUUUCUU